AUGAACGGGCUUGCAAUCUCUCCGUUCAUUGCCUCUCUUCCCAAGGUUGAGCUUCACAUCCACAUCGAAGGCACACUUCAGCCAGCCCUGCGAUGGAAACUGGCUCAGCGCAACAACAUUCCGCUGCGCUUCAAAUCCCAGGAAUACCACACCUAUGAAGAGCUCCUGGAGUCGUACAACGUCACCUAUAACCAUCGCCCGGAACUCGGUGGCCGCAAGGAUGUACCAACAUUUCUAGAGGCAUAUUUUGCAGGCUGUGAGGUUCUGCUCACAGAAGAUGACUUUUAUGAUCUCGCCAUGGAUUAUCUGGCGCGAUGUCGCGAGAUGAAUGUUCGCUAUGUCGAACCGUUUUUCGACAUCCAAGCACAUACACGCCGUGGCGUCCCUGCAGAACAUGUGUUGAACGGCUAUUUACGAGCACAACGCGACGGCGCAUCUAGAUACGGAGUGCGAUCCAAUUGGAUUUUCUGCUUCUUGCGGGAUGAGCCUGUCGAAGACGGUGAAGCCGCAUAUCAAACAGCCCUGCCGUGGGCCAAGUCUGGACACGGUCUAUUCCAUGCAGUUGGCCUUGCCAGCAACGCCUAUGAACGGCCUCCGAUACUGUUCAAGAAGGCAUUUGAGCGAGCUCAAGCGGAUGGCCUUCACAUCACGACGCAUUGCGACUUUGGACAAAAGGACACGCACGAACAUAUUCGCCAGGCCAUUUUUGACGUGCAAAUAGAGAGGAUUGACCACGGCCUUGAUGUGCUCGACCGAGAUGAGCUGAUCGCCGGUCUUGUCGACCGAAAUGUCGGCUUGACUCUCUGUCCACACGCCUACCACCGACGCACCGCAACGGAGGUUCUCUUUCCAAAGCUACGAGAGCUGCUUGACAGAGGGGUCAAGUUCUGCAUUAACAGUGACGAUCCCGUGUACAUGCACGAUGUCUGGAUCGACGGCAACAUGGAAAAGGCGUAUCACUAUGGAGGGUUGACGAAGCAAGAGAUGGUGCAGCUGGCGAGGAAUGCGGUCGACAUGUGCUGGGCGGAUGAGGCUGUGAAAAAGGACAUAUAUGAUGAGUUGGAUCAAGUAGAUGUGAGAUGA